CGCAGGAGCGCAUGAAGUCGAACACACCUUUUAUCAUGGCGUCGGUGACUUUUCGCGAUUGCUUUCUCUGUGUUUCGGCGCUAAUUAACUUCAUCUUCGUUUUUGUAACCGGUGCUGAUUUUGUUCGCUUUGUGUCGUUUCGCGCAAUCUUUCAUAACCUGAGCGGGGACGCGCCUUUGUGUCGAGAGUCCGUGUCAUGGUCUGUGGCUCUACGGGACAGCGGGGUUUUAAAGGCUGUAGCUGUGGAUGUUUUCCUUCUGGUCCUCUUCAGUGUUCAGCACAGUGUGUUGGCCUGGGCUCCAGUGAAGAGAAGAUGUCAGAACCUGCUGGGGGUUUUAACCAGAACCAUGUACUGUUUUACUACUGCUAUAGCAAUGCAGGUAUUGAUGCGCUAUUGGCAGCCGAUCACCAGCGCCCCCUGUCUGUGGUCUGUGCAAAAUACAAGCUGGGAUAUUUAUUUCCCUCUCAUCUGUUUUAUUUUACACUUUCUGUGCUGGGCGAUCAUCUGCAGUAUUUUAUUGAUUUUUGACUAUCCAGAAUUACUGGGCAUCAAACAGGUGUAUUAUGAGUGUUUGGGUUUGGGUGAUCCUCUCUCUUUAAAGUCUCCACGCGCCCAGCGACUCUUUGCUCACCUGAGACAUCCGGUCUGUGUGGAGCUGCUGGUGGUUCUCUGGCUUCUUCCGAGUUUUCCUCUGGAUCGACUCCUGUUGGCUCUUUAUCUUUCUGUUUAUCUGAUCCUGGCUCAUUCUCUGGAUACACAAGACUGCACGUAUCUCAACCGGCAGCUGCAGACCAAACUGAAACUCUUUGGUACUCCGCUGGAAGAAAACGAUCAGAGUAAUAACAACAUCAACAAACAGGACUGAAGAAUCAGUAGAGUACUAGUUUCUUUAUCAGUAUGAGAGUCGUUGCUUGCAUUGCUUUGAAAUUGAUAUUUUGCUAAAAAGGGAAAGUGUUAAUAUUCAUAACAAAAAUAUAUAUUUUGUUAUAAAAUUACUGGUUUGUUAAAUGUAAAAAAAUUUGCAAGACAUUUUUAUAGAAUUUUUAUCUAAAUUGUUGAUGAUGUGUUUUUAUACUGUUGAUAUUGUAAUGUGUCACCUGUCUCGUACCCUUACUGAAAAAAACAGCUAAAUCCAGCAUGAGCUGGUUCCCAGCUUGGUAUUAACUGGUUUUGCUUGUGUAGCAAGCUGGUCUAGCUUAGUUUUGGUCAAUUUUUCAACUGGAAUUAGCUAGUCAGGCUGGAAGACCAGCUUUCCCUUACGAAAAUUAUCCAUGGUUUUUUUUGUGGUAAAAGUGUAGUAAACAUGUUUUUUUAGUGUAUUGAUUACUAUCAGCAAAACCAUGGAUUUACUGCAGAAACCAUGUUUUUUGGUUUUAACUGUAGUAAAACCAUGGUUAAUUUUUGUAAGAGUUGCCAGCCUUGCGAGGACCAGCUUAAACCAGCUUUUGCCAGCUAAAAACUGCUACCAACUCAUGCUGGUCUUAUGCAUGUUCCCUUAUGAAAAUUAACCAUUUUUUUGUGUGGUAAAAGUGUAGUAACCAUGUUUUUUGGUGCAUUGAUUAUUAUCAGCAAAACCAUGUUUUUACUACAGUAACCAUGGUUUAACUAUGGUUAUUGAAAAUCAUGGUUUACAAAAUUUAUUUAAAUGUAGUCAUUUAGCAGACGCUUUUGUCCAAAGCGAUUUCUUAUUUAUUUUGUGGUAACUAUAGUUCUACUAUAGUAGCUAUAUAUUUUUUUGUUUUAACUGUAGUAAAAAUUAUACAUUUUUGUAAGGGUUGUGAUGUAAUUGCCAAGAAAAAAUAAGGGUUACUGGUCUGGUAAAGCAUCUUUUAGUUCAUCUUCAUCAUCCCUUUGCAGUUUCUUGUUGAAAUCUUUUUGAAUUUGAUAUAGUAUGAACUUACAUGACACAUAAACCGGGUGUCAAUCAUAUUUGAUUAGUUUAAAUAUCAUUUUUUAAUAUCAAUAAUAUGUUUUUAGGUACAUUUGUGAUUGAAUAAGCAUUUCAACAAGCAAAAGCUGAAUUGAAGAAUGUGUUAUUGAGAAUGUGUUUCAAUAUUGAAUGGGUUUGUAAUGCACGGCUGUUUCUCAGUUUGCAUACUUCAUUGCACUAAAAGUAUGUAGUUAGUUUGUGAUGCAAAAGUAUGCUUUAUAGACUACAGUAUACGGUCAUUGUGUACCACAGAUCUUUUUAUUGAUUAUUUGUGUUUGCAUGCGAGUCAAUUAAUGUCAAGCUAUCAGUUCAUUACCAUACAUUCAUUAAUAUUUCAAGCACACCAGAAAUAGUAAAACACCUUAGCCUACUGUUUUAAAGUACUAUAGUAUGUAGUAUGUAAAUGGUGUGUAAACUGGGAUUCAGCCCAACUCUCUUUCCUCUAACAGAUGAGAUGACCAGCAGAAAAAAGAUGCGUUCAUCAGGAGUAUUUUAAUAUAAAACCAAAUUGUGUCUUUGUCUAUUUUCAUGAUGUGUCAUUGUAUUUUUAGUUAGCUGGAGAGGAUCUGAGGAGCACAGGUCAAGAGAUUAAACUGCUUUACUCUCA